AUGCUCUUUCUUGCAGUUGGCCUGAACAAGGGCUUCCUCGUGACGAAGCGGACGACACCGCCUCGUCCUUCCCGCAGAAAGGGGAAGAAGACGACUCGCGUGCAGGCCAUUCGUGAGAUCAUUCGCCAGGUCGCUGGGUUCGCUCCAUAUGAGCGCCGUGUGUUGGAUCUGAUUAAGAUUGGCACUGCAGCCACCACCAAACGUGCCCUCAAGUUCGCAAAGAAACGCCUCGGGACCCACAAGAGGGGAAAGGCAAAGCGAGAAGAACUUACAAACGUUGCAGCCGCCAUGAAGAAGAAGGCCACCGCAGCAUAA